AUGGCGCUCCUGGCGCAGGCCGUCCUUACGAUCGCAGUGCAGCUCGUGCUGUUGAAGGUUGCCCUGGAUAACCGACCUGCGCCUGGUCAGAAGAGCGGAGUGGAGCAUAUCCCGUUCAGCGGCGUGGAUGAUAGGGGGUUUGCGAGACCGUAUGAUUUCUGGCAGUGGAAAAAUGGACGGCCAUACUGGUUGUUCCUGGCCUAUUUCACCGGCGCCCUUGCCUUCAUCCACAUUUUCCUGACCCCGAUCUCAAGCUCCCCGACCUACAUCAGUUUAUUGGGAUAUUGGGGAUUGGCUGUUGAAGCGGUGCUACCCCUGCCGCAGGUCAUCGCGAACUACCGCUCUCGGUCGUGCAAGGGAUUCCGAGUGUCCGUAGUCGCGGCGUGGAUUCUCGGUGACGUGAUGAAAUUGAGCUACUUCUUCACCAGCGAGCAGGUAAUUCCCUGGGCCUUCCGAAUGUGCGCCAUUUUCCAGUUCAUCUGCGAUAGUUUCCUGGGCAUCCAGUUCUGGAUGUACUCCCAGGGACCUCCGCGAGCUGCACUGAACCCGCAGCAACGUCUCGAGAACGAGAUUCCCCUUGAAGAAAAGGACAUCCAACACUACCUAGCUCCCCUCCACCUCGCCCUCCGGCACCCCUCCGCCUCCUCCCUCCCCUUCAAAAUCGCCCUCACGCCUUUUCCCUCCGGCACCGGUCACAUGAUCACUUCCCUGCGCUCCGGUGAAAUUGACGUCGCAAUUGGUCUAACAGAGGGCUGGGUCGCCGGGUUGGCGGGUAAACAAGCACCCCAGGACGAGAAGGAGCGCGGAUACAAGGUUGUCGGCCAGUGGGUUGAGACUCCGCUGCGAUGGGCUAUUGUUACGGGACGGAACAGAGAUGAAUUGACAGGUGUCGAGAACCUGGAGGGGGGAAGAGUUGGCGUUAGCCGGAUGGGGAGCGGCUCACACAUAAUGUCUUUCGUUCUCGCGCAACAGCGCGGAUGGAAUUCCACCUCCUUAACGCCCGUGGUAACGGGACCCUUUGGCGCCCUCCGUGACGGCGUCACGGGCAACAACCUCGAGGCCAACAAGCCGUCCUCUGAGUUCUUCAUGUGGGAGCACUUCACCACAAAGCCCUACUUCCACGCCCCUGACAGCCCACUCAAGAAGAUCGGCGAGAUCUUCACUCCCUGGCCGUCGUGGAUGAUUGUUGCGUCGACUUCCGUCUUCUCUGCGCCUGAGACGGAUGAGCGCCUGAAGCAGCUGUUUGCGUUGUUAGAUGAGGGUGUUAGAGAGUUUCAGAACGAUCUUGGUCGGGUUGUGAAGCUCCUGGGCACGGGGGAGCUUGGAUGUACGUAUGGUGCGGAGGAUGCGGGCGAGUGGAUCAAGGAUGUAAGAUUUGCGGAGGGCGUAAGGGGCGUUGAUGAGAAGGUCGUUAAGGGUGUUGUGGAUGUGCUGAAGGUUGCGGGGGUUAUCGAGGAGGGUUUACAGGAUGGUGAGGCUGUGAAGAGGGUUGUGGGAAUUUCGAGGUGA